UCGACACACAGAGUUAAACAAGAUGGCGGGAAUACGUCGUCAGCUGUUUUCUAAAAAUUGUAAAUAUGUUGAUCAUAUCAAACCAAAUUUUCUUCUCAUUGUCAAUCAUUUAUUAAUCUAAAUAUAUUUUUUGAAGUUACCCCUUAAUCAUCGAGGAAACCCCCACUCUGCGCGCCGAUGCCAUUCGGCAAACGAGAAAAGCGAAAAGAAUUCAACUCGAGGAUAGCUCAGCACAGAGAAUUUCGUGUAAUUCUCAAGUAUGAAUACAUCCGAUGCUGCCCAUGCAAGAUUUCUGGCCUCCUUGCCACCACCUGACCCCAUUCUGGCCCAACUUCAAACCCUGUCACAGCAAUACACGCCACCUGUCACCAUGGCAUCACCAGUGGUGCCUGUCGCAGACGAUGAGGUUGGGCAGAUGACAGAGGAUGGACUCCAUGAAACUGUCAGUGAAGAAGUAUUCUCCAACUACCGUCAUCGGAAGAUAGUUGCAGCUAGCUUACCCCACCCUGGUGAUAUAGUAGAGGCUGGGCCACUAGCUGCAAUUCAUUUACCAACAGAAUACUACCCUAUCACUGACUCUUACCCUAAAGAGGUUAUUGAAGAGGGUAGACUCAGUAGUCUGCAGCUGGAAGGAAUAGUACAUGCUUGUCAGAGGCAUGCUGUGAUAUUGCCCAACAAACAGCGAGCAGGAUUCUUUAUUGGAGAUGGAGCAGGUGUGGGGAAAGGCCGCCAGAUAGCUGGUGUCAUCAUGGACAACUUUGUGCGCGGCAGAAAAAAACAUGUUUGGUUCACAAUAUCUUCAGAUUUGAUUGUAGACUCCAGAAGAGAUCUGUCUGACAUUGGGUGCUACGUGAAGGUCAUUGAUGGUUGUCAGGAGCUGGACAGAGAAACCAGAGUGUUGGGUCUCCCUUCAGACUUCAAGGAAGGUGUGAUAUUCAGCACUUAUGCUACUCUGGUUUCAUCUGUGCAGAGGGGAGGCGCAUUCAGUACCUCCCGUCAGUCUCGGCUGCAGCAGUUGAUAGACUGGUGUGGUGGCAUAGACUUCCAGGGAUGUCUCAUUUUUGAUGAAUGUCACAAGGCAAAGAACUUCAUACCAAACAAGGAGCAAGCUAGUACAAAGAUAGCUGUAGCAGUCACAUCUAUACAAAGAAUGUUACCAAAGGCAAGAGUUGUGUAUUGCAGUGCCACGGGUGUGACAGACGUGAAGAACAUGGCAUUUAUGGAGAGGCUUGGAUUGUGGGGAGACGGAGCACCGUUCAAGACAUUUGAACAUUUCAUUGAAUCUGUGCAGAAAAAGGGUUUAGGAGUUGCUGAAAUGCUGGCUAUGGAAAUGAAGGCAUCGGGGAUGUAUGUGUCACGCGGCCUGAGCUUCAAACAGGCAGAGUUUGUGUCAGUCCAGUCAGAUUUAAGCCAGGAGCAGAAGAAGAUGUAUGACACAGCCGCACAUGUAUGGAACGAACUACGCAAGGCUCUUGAAAGUGCAUUACUCCGCACAAGCACUGUCAACAAGAGACUCUGGUCACAGUUCUGGUCGGCACAUCAGCGCUUUUUCAAACAGCUUUGUAUGGGUAUGAAAGUUCCAUGCAUUGUGAAGGAGGCCAGGGAAGCACUCGAAUCUGGUUGCUGUGUGGUGAUUGGUUUGCAGACAACAGGAGAGGCAUCUCUUGAUAGUGAACUUAGCAAGAACAAAGGAAAAUUAAAAGGGUUCAUCUCCCUCUGUCGUGAAAUUAUCUCGCGCUUCAUUGAACAGAACUUCCCAACCAAAAUGGAAAAUGCUUUUAAACCGCCCCAGGACCCCCACCUGAUAUCUGGGCUCAGGAUCCCCCAUCCCAAAAGUCUUCUAAUGAGAAGAGUUCCACCUCUUCUUCCUCUGCAUCCACGGAAGCAGGGGGCAAGCAAGCUAAGCCCUUUAGAUGAGAUUAUUGACUGUCUUGGAGGUCCUGCGAAUGUGGCUGAGAUGAGACGCAAGGGUCGUGUUGUAAAACGAACGAAAGGCGACAUGCCACAGUAUGAACAAAGAGGCCUUGACUCUGAUUCUUUCCUUGAGAGUCUCAAUGUGAAAGAGAGAAAUACUUUCAUGGAAGGCAAAAAGCUAGUGGCUGUAAUAUCUGAUGCAGCCAGUACAGGAAUAUCACUGCAUGCUGACGUGAGAGCUGCCAAUCAGCGACGUCGAGUUCACCUGACUGUGGAGUUGCCAUGGAGUGCAGACAAGGCUGUCCAGCAGUUAGGACGCUCACACCGCUCCAACCAGUCCAGUGGUCCAUUGUACAAACUCCUAACUACCAAUCUUGGAGGCGAGAGGAGAUUUGCUGCUGCUGUUGCUCGCAGAUUGCAAUCACUGGGUGCCCUGACAAAAGGGGAUAGACGGGCAGCAACAGGAGCUGACUUGACAGAGUUUAAUUUUGACACACCUUAUGGACGAAGUGCAUUGAGAAGCAUGUACCACUGUAUUUGCCAGAAAAAACUUGUUGCAGGUGUGUCUCUGUCUAAAAUGACAAAUGGAGAGUAUGACUUUGAUCAGUUGAACACUCUACUGCAGGAGAGUCUUGUGUUGAUGGGCCUGGUGGAGGUAGACGUUCUCCGACUUGGAGCAGCUGUCAAGGACAAGGAUGCAGGAGAUGUCAGCAAGUUCCUCAAUAGAAUUCUUGGACUUAGUGUGGAGAAACAGAACUUGAUGUUCAACUACUUCACAGAGACUUUGGAAGUCAUUGUUCAGAAUGCCAAGAAAGAAGGAAGAUACAAUGAGGGUAUGCUUGAUAUCACUGCUGCUUCAGUCAAAAUGGUGGAGGAUCCAAAAGAAGUCUUCACGGAUUUUGCCAAAGGAGGAGGAUCUACAAAAUCAGUGAAGCUGAUUGUUGACCGAGGCAUGAGCUGGAAUUCAGCCUUGACUAGGCUUGACAACUACAAAGGACGACAAGAUGGCUUCUAUGUCUCCAAACGAGAUAUCUGGGGUAGCAAGCACUACAUACUGGCCACUCAGAAGGAGAAUUCGACACAUCUCUUCAAGAUAGCAAGACCUAACACUGGCCUAUCUACAUUUGAUGAGGAGAAAGCUGACCUGCUGCAAAAGUAUGUUCCUAUACAGACGGAGAAAGCAGAGGAAGGUUGGAAGAAACGUUAUGAUGAGAGUCGAGACCUGUGCAUCCACGGGCGUAACUGCCGACAUCGCCGAGUUUGCAAUGUUGGAAGUAGAACAUAUCCACUUCACCUUCUUUGUGGGAACAUUGUGACACUAAUGUCAGUGUUGGAAACUACAAUCAACAAGUUUUCCCUGAAACUUGGGUUGAGUAAAUAUGACACACAUCUGCGAGUUGUACGUGUGGAAUUGGACAAUGGGGAGAGACUAGUUGGAAUAAGAUACCCCGAAGUCCUUAUACCGGAAGUACAGAGGUCACUGACGGAACAACACGUUUUCAUGCAGCAAAACGCACAAGGCAUGAACCUUUCUGCUAGUCCAAGCCAGUUGACUACACCCAAUGCUAAGGAAGAUUCAACAAAACAGUUCAAAAUCAUCAGGGAAGAUGUUACUCCAGUUGUGCCCAAAUGUUUUGCCAGGGCAACUAACCCACCUGUAACCCUUAAAAACUUCUUCAAACCAGUUUCGAGGUUCUGUAGCGAAGACUGUGCUUCUUCAGUGUCAUCACAUAACUCUGAAGAGCCAGAAAAUGGCUCAACUAACAUCAGUGAUAAGGCCAAUGAAACCAAGGUCAGAAAGACACAGGGCAAAUUACAAGAGAAAGUCGAAGUUGGUUUUGAAAUAGAAGAAAAUAAUCUUGGCACUAAUCCAAAUGGUGUGCAACCCUCUGCCCUCAUUUCCAAACCAAGAAUCCAAAAAGAAUGCAGAUCACAGAAACGGUUGUCAUGUGGAAGCAGUACACAGCCAGCCAAACGCUCCAAGCAAGUGUCAUUGUUUUCAUCAUUUGCUAAACAGACCAGGUUGAAGGAUGACAAGAGUGAAAUUACUUGUCCAAUUUGUGGCAGGUAUUUUCCAACAGAAACUGCAAAUGAGACCAUAAACCAGCAUGUAGAUAACUGCCUUAUAGACUAAAAUAUUGUCCUCUAGACAAACCUUUGGACACAUAUUUCUUCAGUGUUUUUAAGCAGUUACUUUAUCUUUACAUACAUUGUUUGUUAUAUUAAGUGCUCUGGCCCAAAACAUAGACUGUAAAGUAUCCUUGUGGGCUUAGUACUGGUCAAGAUUCCUUGCAGACUGGUCUAGGAGUGGCCAGGGCUCUUCUUAUGGCAAAUAUUCAUGUUUGUCAAAUUGCAGGAUCUAUCAAUUUGACUUGUAAUGCCUACCACAUUUAUAUAAUCAUCAUACAAUAGAUUUAGCGAAGAAAAUAAAUGUCAGAAUUUUG